AUGGUAUCCCAACGUGGAGCAACAUUCAUCGCUGCACCUGUUUUUGGACCACCGCCCAGUGCUAUAAGUGGUGAGCUGCUCAUGGCAGUAGCUGGAUCAAAUCGACGGGCUCUUGAAAUGCUUGCACAGGCAUUCAAAGGAGUGAUCGCGCGGGAAGUCAUGGUCGUUUCUGAUUUGCCGGAAAAGGCACUUUUGCUCAAGACUCUAGGAAAUUUUAUUGUUGCCGGAGUUAUGGAGAUUGUUUCGGAGGCGCACGUCCUUGCAGAGAAGUCUGGUCUCGAUUCGCAUUUAUUCGAAAGCUUUCUCGGGAAAAAGUUUGGAGACCUUGUGCACUCAGAUUCCACUCGACUCACCACAGGCGUGUACAUUCCGGAGAAAGGACAGAAAGCAUGGUCCGACCUGAAUCUCGCAAUAAAAGAUGUUCAACACGGAAUCGAUUGUGCCCAAGCAGUAGGUACACGCCUUAAGGUUGCAGAGGUUGCCAUGGAGCAUUUGAAGAGGGCAAAAGAGUAUUCAAAUAAUAACAACGAGAGGUCGUUGGAUUCCUCAAGUUUGUAUGGCGUCAUCAGGCAGGAUGCAGGGUUGGAUUUCAGAAACGAUAUCGUGAUGUCGAGGCCAGAGGAGAAGGAAACAUGA